GAAAUGUCAAUUUCAGUUUUACAUUGUCAAAAUUGGAAAGUGCCAAUGGGCCCUUAAUUCAAUGGGCAAUUUUGCCCCAACAGUAAUGCUUUUUGUGUUUAACUAUUUCAAUGUCUUGAAAAUCUUAUCGUCGAAGAAUUGCGAAGCAUCUCUCUUUGGAUUUCAACCGAUAAAGGUCAUUUUAUGGAUUUACCAAAUAUACGUGCUCCUAAAUAAUGUCCUGAACAAACAUCAAUUCAUUCCCUAUAUCAUAGUUGAGGUGAUGCUUGCCACUAAAUUUCUUGAAAAGAUUUUUGGCAAACGAUAUUUAGCCUUGGUAGUAAUACCAUGUGCAAUUUUACGAAAUAUUUUCACUGUGCCCUCUGGAAAAUUUACUUCUCUCCUAGACAAACAGUCUUUGCCAUUCGUACCAUUCUGGAUUCUAACCAUCGAGAUGAUUUGCAAAAUUGUGAAGAAGGUUUGUUUCAAGUUGCUCGGGACGACCAACAACUGUUCUGAAAUUGAAACUUGCGCAACUUUGGUUAAAGACAGUGAAAUUAAUCACCGAAAAGACGGAAAUCACUUGGUACACUUGAAAAAGUCGUGCGCCCGUUUGAGUACUACAUGUAGUCAAAGAAGACCGAUUUGUGUGACUUUCAAAGUCGGUCGAAACCGACCUGCGUUGUUACCAAGGCGAAAAAAUCUUGGGAGAUUGAGCAAAUCCAUUAAACCACCUCCAGAAUACGAUGAAGACUGGCGGGAUGUUACUUCUCUUUUCAAUUCCACGGUGAACUCAAAUAAGAGGCGCGUAGUUAAAGAUUUCAAUCCUUGGAAAAAAUUACGUUUGGAACUCGAACUACAUCGCUUAACGCUGCAACUACGUCGGCAGAGGUUGGAAAUGUCACGUUUGAUGUUGUGUACUUGAUUUAGUUUUGUCAUUUGAUAAUUUCAAUUGUGUGAAUACAUUCGUAGCAAAUUUGUAGAAAAAAGUUCUUUUAAUGGU